AUGACAGAGCUACAGUUGGCACUGCUACUGCGAAGACAGCUGGCACAACUCAACGAAAAUCCAGUUGAAGGCUUUUCAGCAGGUUUAAUAGAUGACAAUGAUCUCUACCGAUGGGACGUUCUUAUUAUCGGCCCUCCAGAUACACUUUAUGAAGGUGAUGUUUUUAAGGCUCAUCUCACUUUCCCAAAAGAUUAUCCCCUCCGGCCUUCUAAAGUGAAAUUUAUUACAGAAAUCUGGCCCCCAAAUGUUGAUAAAAAUGGCGAUGUCUGCAUUUCUAUUAUUCAUGAGCCUGGGGAAGAUAAAUAUAGUUAUGAAAAGCCAGAUGAACUCUGGCUUCCUAUCCACACUGUGGAAACUAUCAUCAGUGUCAUUUCUAUGCUGGCAGACCCUAAUGGAGAUUCACCUGCUCAUGUUGAUGCUGCAAAAGAACAGAGGAAAGAUAGAAAUGGAGAAUUUAAAAGGAAAGUGGCCCACUGUGUAAGAAAAAGCCAAGGGACUGCUUUUGAGUGA